CCUGCUCCCCCUCGCCCAGUGCAGGCUGCUGAAGGACGGGAGGAGAAAUCUGGGCAGGGCGCGGAGAGUGGCUUAGCCCGGACAAAGUUUCCCAGGCGUGGGGUGGGGGGCGCAGCUAGGCAGGAGGGAGCCCCACGCGUGGGAAGGAUCUGCCGUGGGUGUGCAGCUGGUGGAUCGCUGCUCCCUGGGGCUUCUCUGCAGCUUCUUCUGCUCCUGCCAGGCACUUCUGUUCAGUUGUUUAAACCAGAGGACAGGGGGGAACCUGCUGCCUCUUGCCAGCCCUGAAUUCCCACUCAAGCCCAGGAAAUUCAAGGCAGCACAAGCCCAGCGAUCGUCUCGCCAAUGCCAUGUGUGCUCACUAAGGUGCGAAGUCCCCUGGGAGACUCGUAUCAACAUGUUCAGUGAAAAGAGCAGCACCUCUUUGUCCCAGAAAUCUAGCCAGAAAAAGACCAGGCCCCAGGGGCUCCCCUCUCCUGCUCUCUGCUGUGCCUGUGGACUUUGCAUCAUGCUCGCUGGGAUCAACAUCACCCUGGUGGGAGCGUUCGCUUUUGGGACCUUCCUCCCCAUGAACAACCCCCCCAUCAUCAUUGGACCCAUCCUGCUGGUGGUUGCUUUCACGUUCUUUGGGGCCUGCUGCAUCUGUAGCCGGAGACCACCCGCCCAUGGGGCAAGGAAAUCCAAGCCAGGUUCCAACAUUGGGCUCAUCAAACUCGGUAACACGGCCUUCGAGAUAGAAACCAGUGAGCACACGAUGCAGGACACCACCGCCGUGCAGCUGAGCCCAACCAACUCGCCUGUGUCCUCCAGAAAGUCCACACCCAUCCAUGAGAACUCCAAGACCUGCAAACUCUUCACAAUGGAUGGCAAUGGGCCGGCAGCAAAAUACACAGCAGGAGGGGAAUCAAUUCAGCUGAACUUACCUAGAGACCUUAUGACAUCCUAAGUCAAGUCAGACCAGGUGGGCACUGCAGUUAGGCAUGCCAUGAUCAGAUGGAUACAGCCGAUAGGAAGCAGCAAGCCUAUGAAAUCCUUUUUGUGUGGCCAACUGAUACGAUGACAUCUUAAGAACCAGUUAAGAAAGGAAAGGGAUGACAUGGUAAUUGGAAACAAUGGUGGAAAAUUCCAGCUUUUUUCUGGAAUGGGUGCAUUUAUUUAAUGUGAUUAGAAAUAACGCUGUAACGAGGAAUCAAUGUGGCCCAGCUACUGGGAAAUUAGAGAUCUUCUUUUGGAAUGAAUUCAUUUCUUUAGUGCAACUUAAAAAAAAAAAGUAACGUCGUGAUUAGAAUUAAGUGCCACAGAGUGUGGCAAAUUACAGGUCUCUCUUUUUGGAAGGGAUGCAAUUAUUUAAUGUAAUAAAAAUGACCAAUGCAGUAAUUAGAUAUUGAUAUCACCCAGUUGCUGGGAAAUUACAGAUCUUUGAGACUCGACCUUGGGGGAUUUGAGGAACAAUAAAUUUAUUUUAACGCAAUUAAAAUUGCAACACAAAAAUGUAACUUCCACUUUUUAUCCUGUCUCAACCUUUCCUUUCUUUUUUGACUUCCACUCUAACUCUAGCAGCCAGCAGAUCUCAAGUGCAGCAGAUAGCGUCAGCUGUUUUUCCUCCUGCGUAAUUCAGAUUCAUUUCUCAGUCCUGCUGUCUAACAUGCCACAUCGCUUGGAAGGUCAGCUGUGCCUGAGUAGGUAGAGGCUGCAGGUGAUUGGUUAAGCCAGGCCUUGCGAUGGGUGGAGACUAUCAGAAGAGGCAGCCCAUAGACCUAGUGGAAAAGGAAAUGAAGUCAUGUGGAAAGAGGUUCCACUGAGCAAUAGAAAUGGAGCGAGAUAAGAUGAUGCACUUGAACCUCCUUUGGGGGGAACUUUGGGCCUGGCUUGGACAUGGCUACUUGGAGUCAGAGUUUAUUCGGGAAUGAAAAUAACCAUAAUGUCAUUAUUGUUACAGCUGGUGGGGAAUUUUUCAGUGAAUUGGCUUCAGUAACAAUUUCUUAAGGAUGGUUUCUCAGGUCUAGGGUGGAAUUUCUGGGGAGGGAGAGACCAGGAUAGUCCUCAUCUUGGAUGUGGGGGAACCAAGUGCAAGUCCCUGAUUUGGAGCAGGGACUUGAAACUGCAUUUCCCUCAUCCCAGGCAGGUGCCCUGACCACCAGGUUACUGGUUAUUCCAUGGGCUCUGUCUGGCUUGUGGUUUCUCCAAACCUCUACUUGCCAGAAGACAGGCCAACUGAUCUAAAAGAUGACCAAAAGUAUCUGUGUCUCCUCCCUUUAAGUGACUGUAUAUCCCACUGACUUUGAUAUGAGCUGCGUGUGUACAAUAAGAGGAGAAUAAGUUCCCUAAAUAAGAGCAUCUUGGUUUCCUGUGUUGUAAGGCAUUGGGAAGGUGGAGAAGAUAUUUCCUGGAGAGGACCCUGAAUCUAUGGAAGGGAGGAAGUGGUGUCCGUGUUGCCUGCUGCUGUGCAUGGAAGGUUUCCAUCUGACUCUGGAUGCACAGGGCUUCCUGGAUUGGGGGAUAGGACAUACUUUGUAGCUAGUAGAGAAGCAGAGCUGAGGAGCAGCUGCUGAAUGCAGCUUGCUUCCUUCUGACACACAAUACAGUGGAAGGUAAUGCCACUUUGAGCAGCAGGAAUCUGGGCUCCUUGCAGUCUGCUCUUCUUGGAGGUGAGCACAACACGGUGCAGCAGAGGUAGACAGAGCCAUACUCUAGAGACGGAGGGGCUGCAGGAUGGUUUAGAGGUGGGGGUUGUAGCUCCUUUUGCCCAUUGACAGUAUCACCAACCCAAAAUGUUCAAAAAUCAGGAGUCAUGCCUGCCCAAAAUCACAAGAGUGGCUCAGCCAGCAUGAGAUUAUUUUAACAAAUAAUUAAUGUUGGAUUCUGUUUAAUCAACUUCUAGGCUUUAAGCCUUUGUGGGACAUGUUUUCAAGUUGUUUUGCCAUUACCAAGAGAAAGAGAGAGACUUUUUUUUAAAAGAAAGCUGAGAUUCUCACAUAUUCACAUGAUUCCAGGAGCUGGGGCUUUCAGAAAAACAUCAAAUAGUAUGAGACAGAUAGUAAUAUCUUGAGAGCUGACAACACUGUGUUAAUCUCCAGGUUCCAUGGGAUUUUGAGCUUGCCAAAUCUCCCUCUGAAGGGAAACAUUUUGAUGGAAGCUCGGAGGUUUUUUAAGAUCUCCUUUCUCAAUCGGGGAUAGUGACGUGUCUUGUCUUUUGCUCUUUACACAACAUACCUAAUAUGAAGGAAUGACACAGGCCAAAUAACUGCGUUUACCACGUUAGAGUGAGUCAGGAAAUGGGUUAUCCCAUGAAAAUUUUCAAGUUUUCAAAAAAUAAUUAUGUCCUGAAAUGGGAUGAAAAG